AUGGUACUACAGUAUGAUGAGAGAAGAGCUGAGGGGGGAUGCACUCCCGACGCUAUCGCUGAAGCCAUCCGCUCGACAUGUCGGCAGGCGAGACGCGACCUGUUUGAAGACUCUCUGAGCGAAUGGAGCUCAGAGUCGAGAGCAUGGUUUAUUCAACAGAUGGAGGAGGCCAAGAAGCAGAAUGUCGAGACAUACAUCGGCACCGAAGGCACCGAGGGGACCUCCUUCAUCUCCAUGACUCUCCUAGGGAUUUCCUCGACUCGAUGA